AUGGCUACACUCAACGGAUUAACUCGGCGAUCACUUUUCGGGGGAGCGUUCCAGAUUUUUUUGCCCUCACCUGCUCAAGACGUUAGUGCAUUCCGUCAGGUGCCGGAUAACCAGGAAGUCUUCGUCAAUCCUUCAAACAACCAGAGCAUUACCGUUGAUAUUCUCGAGGCCGUUUCUUCAUCUAGUCUUCCCGAGGCUGUAAACCUUCAUUUCCAGGAAAUUGUCAAUUGCAAUUCUGCUUCCGAUUCAGUUGUGGAUUCCGUUGAAAUUCAGCAUAUUCCCAAUGGUCCUCCAGCUGUUCUUCUUCGCGGAAAGCAGAAAGUUGCCAAGUUCAACCGACUACAAUCAGAUCUUGUAGACAUAGCAGUCAUGCUCUACAGAUUCCCCGAUUACUCCGCUGAUGUGUUAGUUUGUUUCAACGACCCCAUUAUGUCUGUGUGUGCCUGCAGUUCAGACGCGCGCCUCGUUGCAAUGUUGAGGACAUACGCGCUGACUAAACCCCUCAGCCGCCCUCCUUGCUGCGGCAAUAAUCACCUCACUCUCCCCCACCUCCUGGUGACCGUUUCACACCGGUGUCAGGAUCAGAGUGAGGUAUCUCCAUCCGGUCGGUGGUCAGAUGAAGAUGUGAAUCUCUGCCUGCACUCCCUCAAGCUCCUCGACCCAGCUAUCUUCGCUUCUGAGGCUUAG